AUGAAUACUGACUCCCCAGCAUCAGAACCUAUAAACCUAGAUAAACAAUGUGGUGUAAUAAACGAUAAACUCCUCCCAUGUUCACGUUCCUUGACAUGUAAAUCACAUACCGUAGGAGCUAAAAGAGCCGUUAUCGGUCGUUCUCAACCAUACGACGUUCUGUAUCUCGAAUGG